AUGAGUCUAUCCUCAUACUGCACAAAACUUCCCACACUCUCUGAAGAUCAAGGAGGUAAAGGAUUGAUGAGUUUUCUAGAAAAAUUCAACGAGAUAGGCAAUAUCAUGGGCCUAACCGAACACACAAUGGUUCGUCUUCUACCAGCUCAUUUGGAAGAAGUAGCUAAAGCAGUUUUUGAUAGUUUCACUAAUCUCGAAAAGCAAAAUCGGCGGUGUGCUGUUUCCAAAUUACAGCAACACUUCUCCACAGACCAUCAUCUUGACUUAGCUGGAGAAAAACUUAUGGACAUGAAAUUGGAUCCGUCCAAAUCUCCUAGCGUAUUUAUCAACAGAAUUUGA